GGCUGUUGGGGCUUUUCUGCGGGACUCAAGUUUGGCUGGCAUCUUUGGCCCAGACACUUUGUGUUUGUGGCAUGCGCAUGGUGGCGAUCACGGGCUAACUUCCCACACCCCAUUCUCUCUAUUUGGGGCCAAAAGCUACUACCGUACCGUAUUGCUCCCUGGUUUCAAGACGUCACGAGCCUCUUUCCAUGCUUCUUAUGGCAAACCAGCUUCGCUCCACAACAAAAGAAAGGAAAAAAUAGGAUCUGGACUAACAAUGCGUUGAAUUUCUGCCAAUAACGGAUGUCCCCUAAUAUCUUCGGUUAUAGACGGGCAGGAGCCCUCACAGCUCCCCAGCGGCUUUGACGAUGGGUAAGAGGAACAUCGCGGGGAAGCAGCCCCAGCAGAGAGAUGGAUGAGGGACCAAAGUGUAUUCAUUGCUUAGCUCGGCAGUCGCAGCAAUUCGGGACGAGGGAUUAGUUGAUGCUCAUGCUCUUCUUUCCCCACAAAUGUUCCCUCUUGUCCCUUCCUUCCAUACUUCCGAGCUUACUGUAAAUAGCCUGGGAGGGUGGUGUAGCAAACUUACUUAUUCUACCCUAUCCCCUCUCUCCUCCAUUUUCCCUUCGCCCUUACCUUAUUUCCUGCCUUCGUGAAUACUCCCUUCUCUUCUUAAAAAAUCUUGGUCGUUUACAGACAUGACUUCUAAUGGAAGUGGAAGUGGUCACCAUGGCGACUCUGAGGUGAAGACUGACAUUAUCACUCUUACUCGCUUCCUUACAGAGGAGCAGCAUAGACUUGGUCCACAUGCCACUGGGGACUUCACAUUGCUAUGUCACGCUCUCCAGUUCUCAUUCAAGAGCAUUGCUUACUACAUUCGACGAGCCACCUUGAUUAAUCUUAUCGGUCUUGCCGGUUCCUCAAACAUGACCGGGGACGACCAAAAGAAGCUUGAUGUAAUCGGUAACGAGAUCUUCGUCAACACCAUGCGUGGUUGCGGGAAAGUGAAGGUAUUGGUUUCGGAAGAGGAAGAAGAAGCCAUCAUUUUCCCCGGUCAUGGUAAAUACGCCGUCGUUUGUGACCCCAUUGAUGGUUCGUCCAAUCUCGACGCUGGUGUAUCCGUUGGUACUAUUUUUGGUAUCUUCAAACUCGAUGAUGAUGCCGAAGGAAAGGCGAAGGAUAUGCUCAAGCCUGGAACCGAACUGGUAGCUUCCGGGUUCACCAUGUACGGUGCUAGCGCCAAUUUGGUUCUUACCAUGAAGGGCGGUUCGGUCAAUGGGUUUACGUUAGACACUGCCCUUGGCGAGUUCAUCCUGACGCAUCCCGAUAUGAGAAUUCCGAAAUCAAAGGGAAUCUACUCGGUCAAUGAAGGAAACUCCCUUUACUGGACCGAACCUUGCAAGGCUUACUUCGAGAGCAUCAAGUAUCCUCAGCAGCCCGGCGCAAAGCCGUACUCUGCUCGUUACAUUGGAUCCAUGGUCGCAGAUGCCUACAGGACCCUCUGCUACGGGGGUCUCUUCGCCUACCCCGCCGACAAGAAGAGUCCUAAGGGCAAGCUUAGGAUCUUGUACGAGUGCGCGCCCAUGGCUAUGGUCAUGGAGAAUGCCGGAGGAUUGGCCAUCACGAGUGAUCAGAGGAGAAUGCUUGAGGUAGUGCCCGAACACAUCCACGACCGUUCUGGGAUCUUCAUGGGAUCGUAUGACGAAGUCACCAAGGUCACAGAAGUUUUCAAGAAGCACGGUGUAGUUGCAAAGUAGGAUGGAUUUAUUUUCUUUCUCGCUGGUCGGUAUUUUAAUUGGAAGGAAUGGCGUUAAGGGUAGCUUAUAUAGUACCAGUACUUUAGACCGUGGCGUCUAAGGUACGAGUACAUGGACGUUAAUCCAUCCAUCCAUUCAUUCCAAAUAACCCAAUCGGUAGCCCUUGACUUGUUCUAUGUUCAAACUUUUUCUUCUUCUUUGCCUGCCCUGCCCUUUUCCCUACAAUUCUGUGAAGACAUUGUCUGUACUGUACCUUGCUUGCUCAAAAAGAUAUUUUCCCCCCUA